AUGCGUCUGUACCACGCUCUCAUGGCCACCACGGUCGCGUUCUUCGCGGUGUGCACUGGCAUUGACGCUGCCGGCACCACCACCACCACCACCGCCACCACGACGGCCACCACGACGGCCAAGUCCAGCACGGGCUUCUGUGCCAAGCCGCGCGUGCGCAUCACGGAGGUCAACGUGGGCGCUGCUGUGGACGCCAACGAGGACGAGGUGAACCUCAAGGUCGUGGCCAUCUCGGCUCUGCCCUCGGGCGGCUCCCGCAUCGCCUUCCAUAGCGGCGGCAACAUCAUUGUGCGCGAGCUGGACGCCAACGACAAGCUGGUGACCAGCAGCCCCGCCGUCAAGGUGCCGCUGCACGACUUCGGUGACAUCCACGCCGACAAAAACGGUUUCGUGAUCCUCGGAACGAAGGCCGCCCAGGGUGGCGGCACCCUCCAGUGCGGUAACCCGAGCAACCUUUGUGGCUCGGCUCCCAACCCGCCUGUGCCCUGCUACGACAUGUACCUGACGCGCUACGAUGGCGCCGCCCAGAAAUGGUCCACGAAGCUUACGUCGUCCAGCAAGGCGCUGCCGCCUUACUCGUCGGGCAAGAACGGCCCGGAUGUGUACAUGAUCUGGUGGUACGCUCACCACGGCCGUAUCGCGUUCGACGGCACCAACUGGGCCGCGUACUUCGGCGCUGCCGUCUCGACGUCGGAGGGCGGCUGCAUCAACAUCCACCAGGGUGACCGCAUGAAGGUGGUGAGCCCGGCUGGUGCCAUCACGAACAACAAGGACUCGUUCGACUGGGGCUGCUCGCACUCGGGCUACGAGCGUAUCACGUACGACAACCGCACUCACAGCUUCGCGUCGAUCUGUAAGACGGACAGCAACAACCGCCUCAUGCCGCCCAACAACUGGGACGCGACCAUCUACCCCGUGGACCUCGCUGCCUCCAACCUCGGCGACAUCGUGCCGGACUCGGUCGCCUCGAGCGGCAAGUACUGGUCUACUGUGAGCAACGGCAACGGCGACAACGCCAAGGUGCACCUGCUCCACCACGACCUCAAGUCGAAGGCCAGCCAGGACAUUGUCCUCGGUGGCACGAGCCGCAACGAGCGUGCUCCUCACCUUGCUGCAAUGGGCAAGAACGGCAUGCUGGCUAUGUGGGAGGGCAGCUCGGCUGGCGGUGACCUCCAGGAGGGCGGUGACCGCACGAUCUUCGCUCAGGUGCUUGACCGUGCCACGGGCAAGGCUCUGAGCCAGAAGGUCACGGUUGACAAGUCGGUGGUGGGCAACCGCUACCAGGCCCUCAAGUCCUUCCCGGACGGCAGCGUGGCGUACCUGUCGAAGGGCAAGACCGACCAGUCGGUGCAGGUCGUGCGCUUCUUCGGCUGCUAG